AUGCGCGACUUGCACUGCAGGCGGCGGGCCGCCAAGAGAGUUGUCCUCGCGAAAAACGCGUGCCAACUUCAUACGAAGUUUGUGACUGGCGCUUCUGAGACCGUGCGCCUGCUCAAGAAGUUGCAGACGACGGCCGGCGAGAAGGAGGCCUGGUUCGAGGCCGAGUGCGACAAGGACGAGGGCGCCAACACGCUGAGCACGUGCCGGCUCGAGGUGGAGGAUGGCGACGAGGAGGCGUUCGCGGCGGACAAGAAGAACAUCCUCGAGCACCUCGUCACGCACAUCGAGUCGCGCUACUCGAAGGUGCUCGACAACCCGAUCCUGCAGCACUUCGCCGUCUUUGACCACCGGCACUGGCCGACGGAGCACGAGGCGCUGGAGGCGUUCGGCAAGGCGGAGAUCAAUGAGCUGGGUACCCUAAGCCCGGACACGACGCUCGAGGGCCUGCUCGAUACGUGGAUCGACCUGAAGGAGGAGAUCUCGAAGAGCCCCGGCCUCAAGCAGCGGCCGCUCAAGUCCCUCUGGUCGCACAUGCUCGUCACCUUUUCGGGCGAGUACAUGUCUGUGCUCCGCCUCGUCGCCAUCAUGCUACUGAUCCCGCUCGACACGUCGGAGGCGGAGCGCAUCUUCUCCCUCAUGAACGACAUCAAGACGUCCGAGCGCUCUAGCCUCGGCCAGCGCAACCUGGCAAACCUCAUGUUUUGGCACUACCACGGGCGGAACAUGAAGGCGUGGGAGGUGCCGGUGCAGGAGAUCCUCAAGGAGUUCCGCGAGCUGGUCAAGGGCAGCCAGCGCGGGCGCCACGCCCACCCGGCCGCCGCCCCCAUCAAGUAUGACUACAAGGCGGAGGACUAG